AUGGCGCCCACUUCCACCAUACCCGCCAAGAAGAACCUGGCCCGUCCGAGAUCCCCGGCCUCCCUCCUUCACGACGACGUCGUCGACCACUCCAUAUCGCGCCGGCUCUGCCCCUCCGCCAAUGUCGAGUUGGGCAACAGCACGGCAGUCCUGGGCGGCGACUACCUCCUCGGUCUGGAGAUCGUGCGGCGGAGGGACGGCGUCGAGCAGACGGGCAGCCUGGCCAAGGGCUACCGUCGCCAAGCUAUCGCGGCGCUGGGUGCCUUUCGGCACAGCGAAGCCGAGCAGGGACUCGUUGAGAUGGCUCAGCUGAUGUUGCAGCGGUAG